AUGAUUUCUGAAGAUUCAUUUAUUCGUGAUGGUGAUUACUCUAUUCUUCAAAAAGUUGGAGGUGAACAACUUCGACCUUGUCGUCUUUUAAGUGGACAGCGUGCACUUAUUGAAAAGCUUAGUUUUGACCCGAAAAUUGCUUUUGGAAAGCCGUUUGGAAUUUUUGAGGUUUGCUCUAAUGGCAAAACAUCGACUGAUUUGAGCCAAAACGAAUCUUCCAGUGACAUUCAUCAAAUUGAACAUUGUGAAUCAAAACUACAACAAAAUGAUAAUUUUAUUUUAGAUUCUUCUGUAAAUGGUUUUGUUUUAGUUUUAUAGUCUUCCAUGGCCUUUUAAGUCUUUACAAUGGUAAAAGAUGGGGAGGGGAUAGGAUACCUGAACUCACAGGACCACAAUUUUUCUUGUUUUGUAGAGGGUUUUUGCUUCACAAAAAUUCA